AAAAUAAUUCUCUUUUGUACGAAAAGUGAAAUGUAAAGUAAAAGUAAAUUUUUUAGUACAAUUAAUAAAUAAAAGUUAACAGAAAGGAAAAAAAAAAUUUUAGGAAAAUAAGUUUCCUAAUAGUUAAUAUUCGGUUAGUCCCUGUAAAAGCGCAUCAAUUGUUAUGCUCCUCAUCACAAAAACAAAAAUACCUUUGUCAUACUCAUUUCUACUUUGACAGAUCGAAAAGGAAUCAAUUACUUUAGGAAAAUGUCAUCUCAAGUAACAGAAAAUCACCGUGAAAAUGCAGAGAUUUUCACUGACCCAACGAUCUGCAAGCAGAAAUCUCUACAACUUUUGGAGCAAAUCAAUAUGCCAAAAGGGCUUCUCCCAUUGGAUGAUCUAAUAGAAAUAGGACACAAUAAACAAACCGGAUUUGUAUGGAUGAAACAGAAAAAGGCAAAAGAAAAUCGGUUUAAGAAAAUUGGAAAACUUGUCUGGUAUGAUACUGAGGUCACCGGAUUCCUUGAAGAUCGCCGGAUGAAGAAACUCACCGGCGUUAAAAGUAAGGAACUAUUGAUCUGGGUAACAAUUUCUGAUAUUUCUAUCCAGGUCUCUGAUUUAGAGAAAAUUACAUUUGCUACCCCUUCUGGAAUUUCUAAAGCCUUUCCGGUGUCUGCGUUCGAGGAGUGAGGGGAUGAGAUUGGUUCUAUCAUUUUUAUUUUUUGGUUUAAUAAUAUUAUUUUAUUUUUAAAGAUGUGUAAUAAUAAUAGAAAAGAAAUGUGAAAAUGAAAUUAGUUAUUUUUAGUAUAAAGUCUGUUGUAUUGCCAAGUAUAAACCAAAGGUCCAUGUAGGUCUACCCAGACUGUUGCAAGCCAAUCUUUUCAAUGGGACUUUAUUGUAUUCACCUCUCAAUUCUUCAUACAUCCCUUUAAUGCUAAAUUCUUCAGCCUCUAUGAUUUUA